CUAACACUAGUUGAAUGAUAACUAAGUUAGUUUACUAAGUUCUUUAUUAUAUUUAAAAUAAUUGAAAGAAACACACUGAAUCUCAAAAGAAAUAUGGUAACAAAAGGGUUACCAUAUUAUAAAUUACCAUAAAUAAAUUUCAGAGACAAAUUAAAGGAUUAUAUCCACAGUUUAUCAUUAUGAAGAUGUAGUUAUAUUUUUUUUAUAGUUGAAUCUCUGCUUUUUGAGUCUUUCCUAUAUCUUCUUCUGUUUCUGUGUCAUUUCAGGAGGUGAAAUGUUAGUGAUACUUCAUGAAUAUUGAUCAUCUAAUGGAAGAUGUUAUAAAUAUUUGACAUAACUCUUUUUAUACGAUUUGUCUAUGGUGGAAAACUGUGAAAUAUUUCUUCUGAAUUGAUGGCAACAUUUGUUUCCAUCAUUGCCUGUAAUAUUUGCUAAAGUCUUUCACAUUCUGUUUGGAGCGGGAGAUAUCUGCAAAGGUGUUUGUAUCAUCUUCAGAUAUUGAUGAAGAUCAGAACUUCUGGAAAUAUAAGCAAUAGAAAUAUAUAAAAAAGGAAGCAAAAUUAUAUUUUGUGUUUGUAUACUAUAGAACAAUAAUGAAUCCUCAAGAGAUGACAAAAGAAAGAGAAAAAUUAUCACAUCAAUGUGAUAUCUGUAAAAUGACUUUUUCUAAUCAGGGAAAUCUCACUGUUCACAAAUUCAUUCAUGCAGGAGGGAAACAAUAUCAUUGUGAUAUUUGUGGUAAAUCAUUCUCUCAUAUCAGUAGCCUUACCUCUCACAAAUACAGUCAUACAGGUGAGAAACCAUAUCAGUGUGAUAUUUGUGGUAAAUCAUUCACUCAUAAAAGUAACCUUACUAGACACAAAUCCACUCAUACAGGAGAGAAACCUUAUCACUGUGAUGUCUAUGGAAAAUCAUUCUCUCAAAAAAAUUCAACUUUCUUCCCACAAAUCCAUUCAUACAGGAGAGAAACCUCAUUAAUGUGAUGUCUGCGGAAUGUCAUUCUCUCAAAGACGUUACCUUGAUUCUCACAAAUACAUUCAUACAGGAGAGAAACCAUAUCAAUGUCGUAUUUGUGGUAAAUCAUUCUCCCGUAAGCAUAGCCUUACUUAUCACAAAU